AUGAACGAGGAGGUUAGUGAAGAUUAAGUUGAAAGAAAGAACUCUGUUAUUUUGAUAGAAGAUGUAAAGGUAGAGGCAGAUAUUGCAGAGAUACCUUAGGAAUAAAUUAUCUAGAUUCUAUUCAAGAUUCCUCAAGAAAAUAUUGCGAAUAUUUAGUUGAAAUUCGCUGCAGAUGUCACUGUUGAGUUCAUGAAAAAAGAAAUAGCCAAGUGUCAUCCUCUAAAGCCAACUCCAUAAAAGCAAAAAUUCCUCUAUGCUGGAAAAUUAUUGAAUAAUGCAGAUAUUCUUAGAGAUGUGAUAGGAUAGAAAAUAAAAGAAAAGCCUCCACAUAUCUUUCACUUGCAAGUAUACACGAGAGUCAAUUAUGCCUAACCAAAUCUAGACCAACACGUGUCUGAAAAUGGAGUUGCAAACGAUAGAAUGGGAUAAUAGUAAUCUUAAAGGAGAAACAUAACUAAAGAGGAAAUAGUAAUGAUUAGAAAGAGACUGAUCAAUACAGACUAUGAUGCUUUUGGAUAUUAUCAACAGCAAGGAUUGGAUACAAAUAUGCCUGCUAAAUCACACAUGCUACUUUCUACUUUACCAUUAAUGGAGAAGGGUUUUCAGGAAAGAUUACACUUUUACACCACUGCAAACAAUAUAAGUUCAAAUGUUAGUGAGUUCAAUGAGAAUAUCGCUAUUAGAUUCCUUGGCUAUGAUUCUAUUAUUCAAUUUACAUUCUUGAUAAAAUUAUGUAUGUUUAUGCUUAUCUUUGGAAUGAAUGCACCUGGCAUGUAUAGAUGGAUCAUAAUUGUAUUCUUGAUAUUCUAUUACUUGUAAAUUAUCUUAAAAAAUAAUAAUAAUAGCCAUCAUGUGAGGACAUUAUACAUCGAGCACUAUGAUAGAUAAAGAAGAAUGCUAAAUUUGGAAUAAAAUUAAGGUGAUCAAAAUAAUGAAGAUGCAAUGAUGAUGAAUAAUCUUCUAGGUGGACUAUUAAAUCCAGAUUAAAAUGCUUAACAAUAGCAAUAAAAUAGAGAAAGAUUUUUGCCGCUAAGAAUUUUAAGAACAUCAUUCAUUCUGGUAUUCCACUUUUUCUUGAGCUUGCAUCCAGAUUGGAUUGAUAGGAGACUAAGGCUUUAUGAAAGAGCAAGACUCAUUGAAUAAUAACUUCAAUAAGAGCAAUAAAGAUAGUAAUAGCAGUAGUAGAAUUAAUAAUAGUAGCAGUAGCAAGAGAAUAUUAAUAAUCAGGGAUCUUAAUAAGAAUAAUAAAUUCCAGUAUAAAAUGAGGAAAGCAAGGACUAAUAACUUCAAGAUCCCUUAUUUGAUUUAGACAAACAGCUAAAUCCAGAAUUCAAUGAUGUACUAUUCUAAAUUAAAGAUGAUCUUUAAAAUUUGAGACUCAAUACUGAGGUCAAGGGUGAAAUAUAAGAUUAGAGAGACAAAGAAAAAGUAGAAAUAUAAAUAUAUAAUAUGGAGAACUAAGCAUUAGAGAUCAUCUCGAACAGGCUGUACUGGAUUUCAGAUCGUAAUCCCCCAAAGUCAAGAUCACAUGCCUUCUACUUCUGCAUCGAUAACGACCUCGUCUACGAGCCAUUUUUUGCAGACUUUGGACCACUUGAUUUAGGAAAAGUGCAUCUAUUUUGUAAAGAACUUGAAAAAUUGAUGGCUGAUUCUCAAUAUGCUCAAUACAAAAUUUAUCACUACACCUCCCUUGACUAUGCAAAGCAAGCUAAUGCUGCUUUCUUAAUGGGAUGCUAUAUGAUUAUCAAUCUUAAGAAAACUGCUGAAGAAGCAUGGAAGGUCUUCGCUCCCUACCACAAUAAAUUUGUUCCAUUCAGAGAUGCCACAAUGGGAACUUGCUCCUACAAGUGUAUCAUCUUAGACUGUCUAAGAGGAUUAGAACUUGCUAUGAGACUCAACUGGUAUAAUUACUCAUCCUUUGAUGUGCAGGAGUAUCAACAUUUUGAAAAAGUUGAGAACGGCGAUUUGAAUUGGAUUGUUCCAGGUAAAUUUAUCGCUUUUUCAGGUCCACUUAAUGUGACAGAUAAAUACGGAUCUUUUACUCCAGAAGAUUAUGUGCCCAUAUUCAAAAAAUUCGGAGUAAGUCUAGUAGUUAGACUUAAUAAAGCUCAAUAUGACAAGACAAAGUUUACAAAGGCAGGAAUAAAGCAUACCGAUUUGUACUUCCUUGAUGGGUCAACCCCACCUGACAACAUCGUAGAUCAAUUCCUUGAGGCAGCUGAAAAGGAGAAAGGAGCAAUUGCUAUUCAUUGUAAAGCUGGUCUUGGUAGAACUGGAUCUUUGAUUGCAUUAUAUUGUAUGAAGCAUUUCGGAUUUCCCCCUGCUGCUUUCAUCGGCUGGAUCAGAAUUGCCAGGCCUGGCUCUAUCCUUGGCCCUCAGCAAUAGUACUUGAUAUAAAUGGAUGAGAAGAUGCUCAAGGCUGGAGGUGAUGUCAAGAGACGUGAACUCAUCAAAUAAUUCGAGGAGCUAUCUUUGCAAUAAGAUUUUGAUAGAACUAAGAUGAAUGAGGAGGAAGAAUACAAAGCAGUCAAGGGAGACAAAAAUCAAGCUGAAAGGCUAUUAGCUCAAAAAAGAGGAUUCUAAAAAUAAUGA